AGAGACACCUGAUAAGGAUUUUAGUAGGAUACUACAAAGGUAGGGCAUUUAAUUACCUCCCCACCCUCAGGUGUGUGAAAAGGAGUCCCGAGUGAACGGAGGAAAGGCGAGACAGUGAGCUAGCUGAGCUGGGGCUGCAGAGUAUUAGAGAACAUUCCAUCUGCACAAAGGACCGAGAACAAGGAUGGGCCGCCCUCUGGAACCACUGGCAAAGAAAGUCUUUAAAGGAGUGUUAGUAGCCGAAUUAAUGGGCGUCGUUGGAGCAUACAUUCUGUUUAAUAAGAUGGACACAAGCCAAGAUUUUAGGCAAACAAUGAACAAGAAAUUUCCCUUCAUCUUGGAAGUUUAUUACAAAUCCAUUGAAUAUUCUGGAAUAUAUGGAGUCAGAGAGCAAGAUCAAGAAAAAUGGUUGAACAGCAAAAGUUAGGACCAGUCAUCACGUUCGGCCUCCCAUCUGAGCUGUUUGAGGCCUUUGGGGGAGAGAAAGAUGAACACACCACACUGUAGCCUUUUGGAGGCCCCAAAGAAUAUCCUGCUGAAUCACAGGAGCUGCUGGUCUGCCUGCCAGGGUCUACAGCUGUUUUCCAACCACACUGCAAACCCCCUGCUUAUGUGUAACUUUCCUUCUGCAUUUAAUGUCAGAGAUUACUGUUUUAUUUAUAAGAGACCAGGACAGGAAAGGAACAAAUGCUCUAAAGAUUUUAUUUCCCCUGAACCCUUUUUACUGGCAAAAACCAGAAGCUAGUAACUAUGAAUAUCAGAAAAAAUUAAAAUGUGUAAAAAGCAUUUAAAAAGUCACUUAGCAAAAAAAAAAUUCAAGUUACUUACUUGCAUUAUCUUUGUUAGCCAUGGCAUUCAUGCCAAUGUUGUCAAACUUGGAUCCCAUGUUUUCAUCCAAUAGGUGGCCAAACUUAAAUAAACAAACAAAAAAAGGGGUGGGGGAAUACAUUUAUCAGAAAACUUAAAACAAUGUGGGAUAGCUAACUUCUUAAAGUAGUACAUUCAUUACCCUUUACCUCUUCAGCAGAUACAAAUAGGUUGGGGUCACUAAAAUUCCUUUUCUUUUUCUUCCUGGGUCCUAAAAGAAGUAUAAACCUAGAUUAAAUUUUAAAAUCCAAUGAUUUUGGAAAAAAAUAAAUCUUUCAAUAUGACUUUAAAAAAAUUUAUAUUAGGGAUAAAAUACAAAAUUUGCAAUUAUUUUCUAACACCAUUAGGUAGCUGUACUUACACAGAUAUGUACUUAAAAGUUAGUAUAUACUAUUUUUUUAAAGUAUCCUAAUAGAAUUGUUCAGAUGAUUUUCUGUCUUUUUGUCUUUCAGAUUUGGUCACUGAUCACUGUUUACCCUAUCUUAUAGUAUUAGGCAUGAAUAAAUUUCCAAAGGUGACAUGGAUAGAUUUUGGAAUAUUAAAAGCAAAACGUAAAUUCUAAUUAAGCCAGAGCUUUUAUUUUUUGGACUAACUGUGAAGAAAUUUAUGGAAAGUAUGUUUAUUAUGUUAUAAAUAAAGUUUUCUUUACACCACUCAAAAUAGAAUGGUUCUUUAAAAAAAACACCUAUAAUUCUGGAUAUGUAAACUUUUCAAAAUAGAUA